UAUUUACUUCCUUUUAACCUGUAACCUGCUGGUAAUGUUUUGACAGAAAAAUGAACUUCUGUUGUAUAUUUUUAUACAUAAUUGAACAUUUUGAUAAGAUUAAAGAAAAGUACAUAACUUUGUGGUGUUGGGAAACUUAUUUCCCUCACCAGGAGAUUGUUGCAUACAUGUACGGGUGAUCACUUCUAGACAGAGGCAGUUACACCUAUCUGUACGGGAAUGAGGAUUAUUUAUAAGACUGAAAUUAUUGUAUUAUUUGCUGGAAAUGUGGAAUAUGAGGAAUGUAAAGCCAUCCGUGAGUAGUUUUUGAUGAUUCAGCUGAACAAAAGCUGGAAAUUAUACAGUUUUCUCCCCCCUUAAAACAGUACAUGGUAUAUCAUGGACACCAAAAGCAAACUAUAAAGAUCUAAAUGCCAUAAUUUUGUGCAUCUUGAAAACUGGAAAGGCGGAUCACUUUGAAGCAGAUGAUAGUGAUAGUGAAUUCUUUGCGACAGUUAUACCAGUUGGAACAGAGAAUGGAAAGUAUUUUGGAUGAAUUGGGUCUUCGGGACCUGAUCGGAAUCUUUCGUCAAAAUAUGGUUGGUCCAGAGGAAGUGCUGUCCCUAACUGAUGAAGAGUUUAAAAGUCUAGGUAUAACUACAAUCGGUGAUAGAGCAAGACUACGAAGCAGAUGUCGCAUGCAGGUUAAUGGCACUAGCUUCUCUGAAUCCCCGGCAAUAAAAAAAUAUAAGGAACUGACAGAAAGCCAACAGAAAAAGAAAAAGAAAAAAGAUAAGAAGAAUGAGACAGCUCCCAUUCAAACAACAAGAAGAAUUAGGCUAGGAUGGAGACACAGGCGUCGAACAGACUUGGCCUUCAGUACAGUUAGUGGUGCAAAAGGGGGCGGAAGUGAAGUCGUUGACAUAGACAAGAAAAGUGACUUACAAGAUGUUCGUGAAAAGGCUAUGGAAUUAUAUUUCCCUAAUGGAAUUGCUAAAUUAAAUGGCAAUAUUCAGGCGUCAAACUGUGAACUGAACCUUGGACUGUUCAAUGGGACAGGGUUACCAAAACAACUUGAUAAUGGUAAAAAUUUUACUGUUGAAGAUUUUUAUCUUCAACACAAUUCAAGUCCUUUAAGGUUGUACCUGUACACAACAUUGAUUGAAAUUGAUAACAACAGUGUAGGUCAAUGUACACCAGCAAUGGAAAUAAAUGAUUCAGAAUCAGGGGAUGACUUGCCGGAUCCAGCCUUGAAUACCAGAGGUACAGAAAUUGACAAUGAUGAUACAGCAACCAAAGAAGACAGUGUUACAUAUAUUUUGAUAGACGAGGCCACCACGACAACAAAUGAUACUUCAGUAGAUGAAGACACCACAAGCAGUGGUAGCUUCUUGGACCCUCCCACUUCGUCUUGGACCGAAACACCAACUGUAACAUUCAAUAGACACAAGUUGAGAUUGAACAAUGUUAAAAAGAAGGAACUUGCAUUUGAAGUAGAGCAAGAGUACAAUAUUUUGGAUGGUGGCAAAAGAGGUUUUAACAGAAAGUCUUUUAACACAAUAGCUGAAUUAAGUGUUAGAUUCUCUGGUGAAGCAGCAAUAGAUGAUGGUGGGCCACGUCGAGAGUUUGCAAGACUUAGCCUAAUGGCCAUAAAAGAUUCCCCGAUUUUUGAAGGUCCUCCAAACAGUAAGAUAUUGUGCCCGAAUGUAAAAAGUGAAGACAGUUUUGACUACUACAUGAUUGGAAGAAUGAUAGCAUAUUUCUUGGUACAUAGAAGUCCAGCACCAAAAUUUUUUUCAAGCUUGAUGUAUGACAUUUUGGCAUAUGGAUGUGAAUCUUGUACUCCAACUGUAGCAGAUAUUGUGGAUACAGAAAUGAAAGAAAAGGUUCAGAAGAUUGGUGAAUCCCAAGACCACAUAACAUUUUGGUCUGCUGUAGAGGCUGUGAUGCCUGUUAUAGAAUUUAUAGGUGCAAUACCCCUAGCAUCAAAAUAUGAAAACAAAGAACAAUUAGUUCAUGUUCUGGUUCAGCAUUUGGUUGUUAAGAGGAUUCAAGAUGUGUUAGCUCAGUUUAUUGAGGGUUUUGAAUGUUUAUGGUGUUUCAAAGAAGUAACAUCAAACCCUAAAACAAUGAAGCAGCUUUUUGUCUGUGAUAACUCUGUCAUCUUAAAUUCUGUUAUGGUGGAUGAACUGUUCAAGGUGAACUUUUCUCAGGAGGGGAGUAAUCAUUAUAUACUAGAGCUGAAAACUCAUACUUACUUGCGUGAUUUUGUACAGGAUCUGGAAGAGGAACCUGAGGGUCUACAGAACCUUCUUACAUUUAUCACAGGCUAUGAUACAGUUCCUCCAUUGGGAUUUGACCCUCCUCUAAGCCUUCAUUUCAUACAUACAGAAAAUGACAGUGAUGAUGAUGCAGUGCCUUAUGCUAACACAUGUGCAAAUAUGUUACAGAUACCAGUACUCUCAUCAUUUGAUGUAUUUCAGGAAAGGAUGCAUUUGGCAGUUAAGCUAGGUACAACUUUUACCAACCAAUGAAAGCGAAAAACACUUAUGUUCUCAGUACCUGUAAGCACAAAUAUAGUUUGCUUUGAUUGUUUGAGUUUGUCUAUAAUGAUGAUCAUGAACAUCAUCGGCAUAAAGAAAUUAUUGUAAUUUUCUAACUGUGUAGACUCGAAGAUAGGUCAACGCAUGGUGUAAUUUUUAAUUCUAUUUUAAUAUUCAGUUAUUGAAAAUUAGUAUGUUUUUUAGGUUCUUUUUUUUUGGUUUGUGUAACAAAGCAAAAGUUUCCUUAAUUGUUAUUUGACAGAUUUUUAUUUACAUGGACCUGUUCUAUAGGAAGAAAGUAAUUAGUAUAUAGGAAUUGUUACAAUAUUGUCAUAUACACAAGGAAUGAUUAUUUUAUUAGAGGUAUUUGUUUUAAGGUUGCACCAAAAAGGACAUUUUAGCAGUAUUCGUUAAUUAUUUUUUAUACUAUUUCUUUAUUUGAAAAAAAAAAUGCUUGCAUUUUAUGGAAGAAUUUUUAAGGAAAUAGGUAUGUGCAUUAUAUUUUAUUUUAAUACACAGGCAAACUUGCCACAGAUGAUUCUCACAUGAUGCCCUUUUUAUAUAAUUAUCAUAUGAUAGCAAACAUGAAUAUCAUAGGAGAGCAUUUUCAUAUGAUUCUCAUUCGAGAAUCAUAUAAUUUUCCUAUGAACACUUACAUAUGAUUCUCAUGAUGCCCUUUUUAUAUGAUUCCCAUAUGAUCGCUAUCAUAUGAGAAUCAAAUGUUUCAACUUUCCUUGUGUUGUAUAGUCUAUGUUUGGUGUUGAAUCUUAAUAUUAUUUAGGAAAAUAAUAUUAUUUUUUUGUUGUCAGUAAGAUAUUUCUGUGUAGAAUCCCUCAUGUGCAAAUGAUUGUGAUGCACAUAAAAAUCAUCCAAAAAUACUAAAUUUUUUGCUUCAAAUUUGUUAUUUUGCAUACAUCAAUAUGCAAAUUAUCUAAAAAAAAUGUAUGUUUUAUCAAUUGAUUGAGAAAGGGUACGGGAUAAACGUAAAAAAGACAAUAGCCCAUUCCCCAAAGCAAAUAAAUUCUGUAAAUUCAAGGGUUUCAUAUCUAUAUUAAUGUUCUGAUGAUAUAAUAAAGUGGUUGGGCAACAUGGUAAUCAGCCCUACCACUUUAUUAACUGAUUUUAUUAGGCUUAACGGUCUUUUUCUAAAUUUAAGCAUUUUUGUCCCCCGUGCCACACCUUGCGGGGACAUAGAAAUACUGUGCGCCCGUUCGUCCAUCCGUCCAGUCUUGUUAGCGUUUUCAUGAAACUUACACUACAGUUUAAUAUCAGCAAUUUCUCGGACAAGUUCUAAAAUGGGUGCUGAUUGCCUUUCUCAAAAGAGUUAUGCCCUUGGACUAUAUAACCUUUGAUAGAUGAAAUAUGUGCCAGGGACAUUGGAACUCUGUUUUUUUAUUUAGUUUUUGAUACUGGAAUAUGUGUUGAUGAGAUAGCUUUCUAUAGCACAUCAAUUGUAAAUGGUUUUAAAAAAUUGUAUACUAGACAGUUCUUUAUCAAUUUUGAUCUGAAGUGUAAUUUGGAUAAUUUUUUUUUUCCCUUAAUACGUAUACAUUACCAUCAUGCCAUCUAGUGUCUUACUACUUCUUUGUUUACCUACGUUUGGCCAUUAAAGUAGCUAAUAAAGAUUUAUCCAAAAAAGUGCUUCAUAUGUAAAUCAUUUAUAUUCUGAUGAAUAUUAAAACCCUUGAUUUUACAAAAUUUAUCUGCUUUAAGGUAUAGGCUUCUGUCUUUUUCAAUUUUCAAUGAUUUUAACAACAUUUUGACAUAUUUUCUAACAUGUGACUAAAUCAUAAAUGUUUAAAUUUGACUUAAAUAAUGCACUUUUGACACAUUUUAUAUUGUUGUAGUAUUUUUCUUAAAUGUAUAACAGGGACAUCCUCAACCAAAACCAAAAUUCCAUGGGUGUAGAGCCAAAAUUGUACUGGAAUAAAUUAAUUAGUUUGGGUUAGAGACAUCAUUUGAUGCAAAAUGUUUGCCAAAAAAUGUAAAACUUGUAAUAUUGCCUUCAAUAGCAAUAGGUACCACAGUGACUGAAAAAAAUCAAUUUAAAUAUUUAUACUUCAGUUGUUAAGAUUGACAGGGUAUUGUAUUUAUUCAGACAUUGUCAUCCAUUUUU